AUAAUGAAGGUAAUUGAUGACAUUUGUAACUUUUUUACGUGGAUAGAUAUAAAACAAAUAUACAACAUAUAUUUAGAAAAAUACCGAAGAACUCAUGUUUUUUACUCCCAAAGUUAUUUAACAACUUCUUAAAUCUGUUAUUUAGAGAACUAAAAUUUACAUAACUAUUAGGGCUAGUUUGGGAACCACAUUUUCUUAAGAGAUUUUCAUUUUGCUAAAAAAAAUUUGUUCAUUUUUCUCUUGAAAAAAUAGAAAUCUCUUAGAAAAAUAGUGUUUCCAAACUAGACCUUAGAGUUGCUCUUAGAUAACUAAUUUUAUUAUUAAUUUUUAGCUAACUAACUAUUAGAUCUAGUGUAUUCAAACACCUACUAACUCUAAUUCUGAAUCAGUGUGUGUGUUUUUUGAAAUUCCGUCUUGCGCAGCGGUUUCAAAACCCACCCCAGUACCCCACCCCACCCACAACGGCUGGGGCGUGGCUUCACUUCACGUUGAGCAUCCUCUCUUUCCUUUUUUCCCCAAACUCCAAAAUCCAAUCCAAGCAACUCCUCCCCAUGCUCCUCCCGCUCCUCCUCGCCGCCUUCCUCCAUGGCUUGGCGGAGGCGCAGGGCGGCCUCCCGUCGCUGCCGAUCGGGGUGAACUACGGCGCGAACGCAGACAACCUACCCUCGCCCGCCGCCGUGGCGGCGUUCCUGACCAAGAGCACGACCAUCGACCGCGUGAAGCUGUUCGACGCGAACCCGGCCUUCCUCGACGCGUUCGCCGCCAACGCGCCCUCCAUCGCCCUCGCCGUCUCCAUCCCCAACUCCGCCCUCCCGUCCUUCGCCGACAGAUCCACGGGCCUGGACGCGGCGCGCGGGUGGGUCCGCGACAACCUGUCCCCGCACGUGUCCGCGGGCGCCAACAUCACCCUCCUCAUGGCGGGGAACGAGGUGCUGGGCCCCACCGUGGUGCCCGACCUCGUCGUGGCGCUGCUCCCGGCCAUGCGCCGCCUGUACCAGGCGCUGCAGCUGGAGGGCCUGCCCAAGGUCCGCGUCACCACGCCGCACUACCUCGGCAUCCUGGCGCCCUCGGACGGGAUCCCCUCCAACGCGAGCUUCCGCCCGGGGCUGGACGCCAAGGUGCUGGCGCCCAUGCUCAGGUUCCACAACGACACCGGCUCCCCCUUCAUGGUGAACGCCUACCCCUACUUCAGCUACAACGCCGCCACGCUGGACUACGCGGUGUUCCGCCCCAACGCCGGCGUGUACGACCCGGCGACGCGGCUCAACUACACCAGCAUGUUCGACGCGCAGAUGGACGCCAUCCACACGGCGAUGAAGAAGCUCGGGUACGGCGGCGUGCAGAUCGCGGUGGGCGAGGCCGGGUGGCCCACCAAGGCGGAGGCCGGGCAGGUCGGCGUAGGCCCCGAGGAGGCCAGGGAUUUCAACGCCGGCAUGAUCCGGGUGUGCAGCGGCGGGAAGGGCACGCCGCUGAUGCCUGGGAGGACGUUCGAGACGUACGUCUUCUCGCUGUUCGACGAGAACCAGAAGCCCGGGCCGGUCGCGGAGCGGAACUUCGGCAUCUUCAACACGGAUCUCACACCCAAAUACGACCUGGGGCUGCUCCGCCAAGGACCGUCUGGAUCUCCAACCCCAUCUCCGGAGCCCUCGCCGUCGGUCGGCGGAGGCAAGUGGUGCGUGGCCAAGUCCGGCGCGAGCGCAACCGACCUGCAGAACAACAUUAACUACGCCUGUGCCUACGUCGACUGUAGGCCGAUCCAGAGCGGCGGCGCGUGCUUGGACCCCAACAACAUCCACUCACAUGCCUCGUACGUCAUGAACGCGUACUACCAGGCCAAUGGCAUGCACGACUAUGACUGCGACUUCAAGGGCACCGGCGUGGUCACCUCCAGUGACCCCAGUUACGGGAGCUGCAAAUACAACGCCUCCUCCUGACGGCGCGCAGCAAGUCCAGCUGGCACUACUGCACCAGCCUCCAGUCCACAUCGUCCUCCAGCUCCAGGCUCCAGCCAUGGCCACGCUGGGGACGGGAGGAGGUCCGUACUGCCGCCGGGCUUGCGCCACAUACUUGUAUACUCAUGUCUCACACCCAUGCUUCUUGUUGCUCUCAACCACUACUAGCACUACUAUUUGUCUAGUUCCAUAAUUACAAGUCCCUCUCCCCUCAUGUUAACUUGAUCAUUGUCCGUGUGUAGUGGACUAGUGGUGGUGAAUAAAAUAGCUUCCAUUCCAUGUAGACAAACAAACAAAUUGUAACAUCUGUUAUCCUUGGGUUAUUUGAUAUAUUUAUUUUUCAUAUAGUA